CGUUCCUGCACGUCGGGUACGUCGUUCAACGUUGUCAUCAUCGUCAUCGUCGUCGUGGAUAUUGUCGUCUACUCUGUUUUCUCUUGCAUGAGCGCUCGUUCCAUAACGUUGCUCCACAUUGACGCAAGGAAAUGUCUGGAAAUAUAUCUCAUUUACAACAUUUUGAUACAUUAACUCGUCGUCCAAAAACUCGAACACAAAAAGAAGAAGAACGUCGAUCACAAAAAGAAAAAGAAGAAGAACAAUUUGUAGAGCCUGAAAUACGUCUAUCACGGUUUCUAUAUAUUGGAAAAGAAUAUGCCAACUAUCAGCCUGGAUAUUGGUUUGCCCAUAAUUAUUUUAUAGCUAAGAAUGUUCCAUCCAUAGAAGAACUUGCUGACAAUGAGGAAAAGCAACUGGUACCCAUAGAACUAAUCAUAAAAGCAUUUGAUAGCAAUCUUGUUCCACAUCCGGAAACUUUAGUAUUUGCUCUUGCUGUUUGCUGUAGACAAAACAAAAGCGAGAAAUUGCGUAAAGCAGCAUAUGAUAAUGUAACAAAGAUUUGUGCAUCUACACAGGAUUUUUUCCUGUUUAUUAAAUUUGCCUCCAAACUGUGUAGAGAGAAAGAGUUGAAUUAUCAUACACAAGGAUGGGGUCAAGGUUUGAGAAAGGCUAUUAAUAAUUGGUAUCUUUCUAAAAAGCCAUUGGAUCUAGCAAAAUGUGUCACAAAAUACAGAAGUAGAUAUGGUUGGAAGCAUAAAGACAUUGUCAAAAUGGCUCAUACUUCAACCAAUGAUCCAGAAAAAGGAGUGAUAUUGAAAUAUAUAAUAUGCGGCAUAGAAAACACCAGGAUGGCUUUAGAAAACCAAUCCGAAAAUCCAAAUAUUAAUGAAAUAUUGCAGUACAUAGAAAAUGUAAAAAAUUUCAAACGUUGUGAAGAUGAGAACGAAGCAGCUUCUUUGCUGGAAACAAAUGGAUAUUCACUAGAACAUGUACCUGGACAUUUGCUAAAAUCCAGGAAGGUUUGGAGUGCAUUGAUACCAUCAAUGGAUACUAUUACACUCUUAAACAAUUUGCAAAGGAUUAGUAAUCUUGGCUUAUUAGAAUCAGAUGAAUUGGCAAUCGAGAAUGUAAUAGAUCAACUUACUAAUGCAGAACUUAUAGCGCAAAGUAAAAUUCAUCCAGCAUUAAUUUUCAUCACUCUAAAAAAUUACAAAAAUUCUGGAAAACCUUUGUCUUAUGAGAAGCGAAAAGUACAAGAAACAGCAAAGAGGCCCCUAUCACCACCACCUUCUCCGAAUAUCAAAGUAAUAAACGCUCUACGUGAAGCAUUUAAUUUGUCAUUUGCUCAUCAACAACCUACGAAGUUGCGCUAUCUAGUGACAAUUAGCAUGAAUAGAGUGAUGUUAAAUGAACCCGCUUGGCAUAAUGGUAACAUGACUGGUGCCGAGACGGGCUGUCUGAUCGCGAUGAUACUUUUACGUUGCGAAACGGACGUUACCGUAGCGACAUUUAAACAACAUGGACUUUACACGGCAAAUGUCAACAACACGCAAUCCCAUAGCGAGAUUUUAAAAACAUUACAGGAAAUACCUGCUGCAGGAGUCAACAUGAGUAAACCAUUACAUUGGGCUAUGAAGCAGAAAACGAAAUACGACGUCUUUAUUAAUAUUGUGGAUCAAGUGUACGAAUAUUCUGAUGAAUCUCAGAAAGCUUUGAUAUUGUACAGAAAUGAAUUGAAUCUUCCGCAGACAAAGCUAAUUAAUUGUAGCAUGUGCUGUUCUUCAACAUAUCGUAAGAUAAAUUGUGACGAAAACAUUUUGACGAUCAAUGGUUUCGAUGCUACUGUACCUAUUGUCAUCCAGGCGUUCUCCCGGUCUAUGUUUUAAAUUUAAACACACAUUAAAUCUUUAUUAUUUAUAAGAUUCUUCGAUACAUUUAUCUUCAGUAGGAUAUGAUGCAAGAAAUUAAUGAAGAAGAAGUUUAUUCUCUUAAAGCACAUUUCGAUACAAAAGUGCAAUAUAUUGUUUUGGCAGUUUUAGAAACCGAUUGUAUCGAUUUUGCAAAAUUGAGACGGACUUGCAAGCAAACUAAUAUGAUGAGUAGAGAAGAAGAAAAGUUGUAAAAAGAACUUUCAAUUACUUAACAACAGUAAAUUUAAGUCUUAAACAAUUUCGCCUUUUUUGCAGAUUUCAAACGUCAGCUUGUAUUUGCAUAUACAUAAUUGAAUCAAAUUUAAGUUUGAUAUCUGUAAUUCAUUUAAGAUCUAAGAGAGAUUGUGCAUUUGGAAUGUAGAAUUACAGAAUAUUACAAAUGAACAAUGAAGAUUAUCAAGAACAUACCGCAAGUAGCGCCGUGUACUAUUAUUGACGCACACGACGAUGAUAUUAAUAUUAUCUAUUACAUGUUCUUAGUAUUAGGCAACAGCUGUGUAGUAUUUUCUUUUUCGUGUGUAAAAAAAAGAUCAAGUAUUAUUUUUAUUCUGGUUUGAAAAUUUUCGAUACUAUUACUUAAAAUAACUUAACGAUUUUAUUUUUUUAAUGAAUACUAGCGCGUAAUAUCGCAUCAAUUCGAUAAUCAUAUAAGCAAUAUAUAGCUUACAUAUAUUUUA